AUGACAACAAAAACCAUCUGCCGCGCCUGCCACCGCGCAGCUCUUUCAACCACCUCCUCGGCCCUCUCGGCCUGCUCCAGCUCCAACUCCAACUCCAGCCAGCCAUCAACCCGUGACCUUCCCCGGUCACGAUCUUUUACAACCGAAACCUUCCCUCAAUCCACCGCCCGCGGCGGCUCCUCCAAACUCUCUCCACCAUCACAAAUCGACCCAUCAGUCAUCCUCUCCACGCCAACCUGGUCCGUCCGCUCUCUUCUUCCUCCAUCAUCCACACCAUCCUCAUCAACCCAACCCGAAGAAAGCGAAAUAACCCCCCAAACUCUGCACCACCUCGCCCGCCUCUCCGCCCUCCCCCCGCCCUCCGCCUCCGACCCUGCCUCCACCACCCGCCUCCUCUCAGCUCUGCACUCACACCUGCACUUCGUGCGGGCCAUCCAGUCGGUGGAUACCACGGAUCCUUCAGAUCAAGCCAAGGAGCUGGCGCCGUUGAGUUCGAUCCGAGAUGAGUCUCCGGAGGGACUGGCGGACAUCACAAUUGAUCUGAAGAUGCUUGAAGGGGCGCUGGCGGAGGAGGAUAUUGUUGGUCAUUGCCGGCGGCCAAGGCGGAGAAAGAUGGAGGAGCUGAAAGAAAAGAAGAAAAAUGAGGCUGAGGAUUGGGAUGUGUUGGGAUCAGCUGAGCAAAAGGUUGGGAGAUACUUUGUUGUCAGGAGUGGGAAGAAGGGGGAGUAGAUGAUCAAGCGGAAAAUGGCUGAAGUUCGUCUCGCGCCCUGGAGAGGGCAGAAGGGCUGUGGUCUGCGUGGUCUGACUAUAUAGGAGGGCUCUGUAUCUGCUAACUGAUGCCGAACGUGUGGGGAGCCUGGAAGAUUUGGAAUAAGACGGCAAAUGCGUUGUUAUAACACGCGGGGCCGGG